GAGAGCAAGUACCUGAGCAAGCUCUCAGGGAAAACAGAGAAAGUGACUUGUGAAGGAACUCUGAAUAAGUUGUCAAAAGGAGAAAAGUGGAGUUACUACACAGCAUAAGAAACAGAGGAAGGAAGAAAUCAGGCAUUUUGAUUUUCAGUCUCAUGACUUCUUUUAUUCGUCCGCAUUUUCCUUGUUUUUCCUAAACCUCUCGCUUGCAGUGUUAACGUGUGACCUGUUCAAGCAUGUCCACCAACGGGAUUAACAAGGCUCUAAAGCUGCAGUUUGGUCUGAUUAACUAUGAGAACCGCUACCUGACCGCUGAGGCUUUUGGCUUCAAGGUGAAUGCCUCAGGCAUCAGCCUGAAGAAGAAACAAAUCUGGACUUUAGAACAGGAUGAGCAAGAUGGUCAAGUUGUGUUCCUCCGAAGCCACUUAGGACGCUACCUUGCUUCUGACAAAGCUGGAAAAAUCAUAUGUGGGGCAGAGAAGCCUGAGCCUGAGUGUCGUUUCCUUAUAGUGCCCCAGUCUGAUGGUCGCUGGGCACUGCAAUCAGAACCUUACCAGCGUUACUUUGGAGGGUCAGCGGACUAUCUGUCCUGCUUCGCCCAAACCAUUGGGGAACAAGAGCUAUGGGCUGUUCAUCUGGCUUUACACCCACAGGCAAGCCUGCUCAGUGUGGCACGGAAGCGAUAUGCCCAUCUGUCUGCCUCCGAAGGAGAGAUCUCAGUAGACAGCAAUAUUCCCUGGGGGGUGGACUCUCUGGUCACCUUGGUAUACCUGGAUGGAAAAUACAGUCUGAAGACCUGCGACAGCCGCUUUCUCAGCAAUGAUGGCAAACUUGUGAAGGAGAACUCCAACACAACCAGCUUCACGCUGGAACUGAAGUCCGGGAAGCUGGCCUUUAAGGACUGCGAUGGGAAAUAUCUUGCCCCGGUGGGCCCAACAGGAACCCUGCGAUCUGGCCGAUGUUCCAAGCCUGGAAAAGAUGAGCUCUUUGAUUUGGAGGAGAGUCAUCCACAAGUAGUCUUUCAAGCUGCCAAUAAAAGAUUUGUUUCAGUCAAGCAAGGAGUUAGUAUUUCAGCCAAUCAGGAUGUGGAGACUGACAUGGAGACUUUCCAGAUGGAGAUAGAUAAGGAAAGCAAAAAGUCAAUGUUCAGGACCAAUGGAGGGUCCUACUGGACUUUAGUGACUCACGGAGAGAUCCAGUCCACUGCCACAGAGGUAGAGGUCAACACAAUGUUUGACAUUGAGUGGCGAGGACACAGGGUGGCACUCAAGGCGAGUAAUGGAAAGUAUGUGUGCACAAAGAAAAAUGGGCAGCUCUCAGCGGUCAGUGAUACAGUGGGUGAUGAUGAAUUACUUCUGAUGAAACUCAUCAAUCGCCCAAUGCUGAUCCUUCAAGGAGAGAAUGGCUUUGUGUGUCACCACAAGAACUCCAACACUCUUGACGCCAAUCGAUCGGUCUACGACAUCUUCUCAUUGCUGUUCAAUAAUGGCGCCUAUCACAUUAAAAGUGUGAAUGGAAAGUUCUGGUACAUCUCAAGCAGUGGCCUCGUCUGCUCAGAUGGAGAAAAGGCAGAGGACUUUUUUCUUGAGUUUCCGGAACACGGACGUGUUGCUGUUAAGGGCUCCAAUGGCAAGUACCUUCGCGGAGACCAAGGAGGCACACUCAUGUGUGACGGUGCAUCUGUUGAUGCCGCUUCUCUUUGGGAAUACUGAUCCAUUCACACCAGGUCCAAAACAGACCCGUGUUUCAGGUGCAAGACCCACUUUUACCAAGUCAAAUUAUGUGGACUGACAUCAUAACUUGCCUAUUUUUAUACUAGGUAUCCAAUCCCAUGUUCUUGAUGUUUUGGGGGUUUUUUUAUUGGAAAGAAGUGAAUACUUUAGAAAGCUGUGUGAGUCUUUUUUUUUCUUGUGAAUUUUAGAUGUUUUGUCUUUGAAAUGACAACAAAUGCCAACAUCAAAUGAAACAUGUCAUUUUGAAAUGUGUAAUUUGAUAAAACAAGCUAUAGAUAAGUUACGGUACUUAUUUUUCUGUCCAUAUUUAUUUAAUAUGCAGAUAAAAGUACCAACAUUUCUUGUUCUCGGAUUGUAGAGACAGAACAAGUAUUUCUGUUCAAUUCAUGCAGCAAAUUUACAUCAUUUCUCAUUUAGCUUUUCAGAAAACAGACACAUGAAUUCAAAAAAAGAAAAACUUUAUUAUUUUAAUUGCUGCUACCUUCCACACCGAAAACAAUGGAUAUUUCAAAGGAUACAAAAAAUAUAGACCAAACCUAAGGCAGAGAGGGAACAAUUCUUAUUAACCAAACACUUCAUAUGAUAAACAAAAAUAUGAUAUGUAAAGUUUUGUUUAUGUAAAGAUUUGCUUAUGUAGGUGGGUGUAUUUAUCUGGUUUUAUUUGUUUUGAGGUGAUAACUAGUUUUCUUGCUUGCAUUAUUCUGAGAAGAACAGAUUAGUUACUGAAGCAAUGUUUGAGUGAAACAGCAAAUGGAUGCAUCAGUGGUGCUUUGAUUUGUCUAAAUGGAUCAUUUACAGCUUACAUAAAAGAACAAUAAAGAGUGAAUAAAGUAGAGAUGAAAGAAAUUACAUAAAGGAACUUAGCAGUGCUGUGUGCGUAAAGUACAUUUACACAUUACCAGCUAUGCUCCAAUAACAACAUGCUGUAUGUUUGAGGAAACAACAUAGGACCAGAAAGAUCAUACAGACACAUCAGGAACAAAGACAAAAACACAAAAGACCACACUUAAGACAUUUUUAUGUCCUGCUGAAAACUCAGAAAUGCUUCUCUGGUCUUCUGCCUUAAUCUACAAUACAUCCUCGAUCGAUGUGUACCAGUCUUUUUUUGUUGAAAGGUGUGUGGUAAAACAAGUACAAAUAAUGGUUUAUGAUGGUGGAUAUUUUUUAUGAACCAUUUCAAAAUGGCUUAGGGAAGCAUCAGAGAACCCUUUUAAACAGAAAAGGAAAUACAACUUAAGAAUUUGCCUCAACUAAGUUUGAAAAUAUCUAUAAUCUCUCUAGUUGCCCGGGACCAGGUGGGAGAAUUGAUUGAUCACAGCCAAGACGAGUUUAAAAACUCUGCUUUAUGUAUCUUUAAAGAUGUCUGAUAACCAUGCUCACAGAGCUAAGGGGUUACCAGGCCAAAACCAUCCAAAAAAUGUCAAUCAUUCUUAUCUUCCCAGCACCUCAAACACCCCCGUUGAAAACAUGAUAAAUAGCUUCUUGUUGACUCAUGUCAGAAAAAGCCUUGUGUAUUGGCUUAGAAAAAACGUAGCUUAUUAUCUGUUACUGAGGUCUAAAUACAUUUCAAGGCUUACAAACUAGAACUAGAUGUGCAAACCACAGGACAACCUGAAACUGCACAAAAUAUUUGUCAGAUUUCCCUUUUAUAAUGAUGAAUUCACAGUGGUUUUUCAUGUGUGUAAUCUCCAAUUAAAGAACAUAUUUUUGGGUUGCAAGCUCCAAAUUGCUUGGUUAAUCAUGCAACCUGUAUUAGCUCUACAGAAAAUGUCUUGUCUCAUAUUAGUAUGCAUUUAGUAUGUUCACAGAUACUUGCUGUUUUAUUAUCUUUGCUUUCUAAUAUGAUUUUCAAAAUGUUGUUGACAAUAAAACGUUGAAAAAACAA